AUGAGUUAUAACGAACGAGAUCAACAUAAUAAUGAGGGUCAUAUACAGAGAAGUGAUACAAAAUCAAGUAUAUCUAUGACAAGAAGAUCGCCGUCUAUUCUCGUAACAGAUUCGCGUUAUUCCAAGAAUAGAGUGCAUGCACCAUUCGCUGGACAUGCUGCAACUAGUGGUUCCUGGGGUCUAACAAAUACACAUGUUCAACUAAAAAGACAAAACACCAAUAAUACUAGUAGCAAUAACAGUAAUACUAGUAACACCUAUGGAUCAUUUAACGAAGUACGUAAUAAUCAAUACGGACCAAAUAUUAAAGGCAGACACGAGCAAAUAAAAAAUGGUUUCGCUAAAUCGAAACUUAGAAGGAAAUCAAAGGGUCAAUUUAGUGAAAUUACUCUGGAUAACAUAUUGUCACAAAGCUCAGAUAUCCCAUCUGGUCGGCCAGAACAACGACGAACUUCUUCGUCAUCGUCAUCUGCUGCAAUGGAAAGAUUUUCUAACUAUGAAAGGUUACGUGUAUCUUCCAAUUAUAGAAAGAUGAUAAACCCUUUACCAACCAGAAAGUCCAAAAUUUCCCAGAAAUUGGUAUUAAUCCCAGAAGAAAAUUCUCUUCGUGAUAAUGUGCUGUUUAAUAGUAUGGGUAGGAGUGUAUCACGAAAUACUUUAACUAAUAUUCAGGAAAGUGAUACAAGAAAUCUCACAAUGGAUAAACUGAAAUACAAAAACAAGCAGAAACAGAAUUUACCCAGGUUGACCGCAUAUAAUAUUGCUGAUGGGUUUAAUUUAAAAGUGAUGUCAAAAUUCUUAAAGAAGACUCAUGAAGUAUCACCUAGACUGUAUGAUGAUUGUCUUUACGUUCCUUAUGUGUUACCCCUUUUACCUGGUAAAGAUGGAUUUAGAAUCAAAUCCAAUAUAUCCAAGAGAACUGUUGGAGGUAAGACUAUUAUGGAUAAGCUUAUUGAAACUAGUGAGAUGAGAGAUCAUCAUUAUGAAUAUUAUUCGGGGGUAGAAACUGUUGAGGAUAUGAAUAAUAAUUAUGAACUAGAGACUGCACAGACAGUACCAGAGAAUAAGAAUGACCCUGCCACAGUUAUACCAGAUCAUUUACCUGGACCUACUACUACAAAUCCUGAUGCAUUCAAUCCCAGUGAACCGCAGUUUUUUGCUGAAGAAAGGGCUAUAUCGGAAGAUGACGACACAGGAUUACCUAAUGAAUCAAAUAAACCUAUACAUAAUAAUGGUGAUAAUGGGGUAUCUGAUAACAUUUUGCCCACUGCAGAUAAAUUUAAAAGAGAUGUACCAAAUAAUAUUCUUAACAGGCCUAAUGAGGCUUACAGUACCAUAACUUCUGACAAUGAUGCUGAUAAAUCUACUUCAUUACUAAUUAAUCAUGCAGAAAAGAAGCACUCUGAAAUUUUUAUAUUUCAUUAUGGUGUGGUGGUAUUUUGGAAUUUUACAGAAACUCAAGAGAAAAAUAUACUCGGGGACAUUACUUUUGCAGAUAACAAAACGAUCAUCCACAAACCUUUGGACGAACAAGAUAUUGAAAUAGAAGAAUUUCAUUUUGAGUAUGAUAUGGAGACUGAGAGGCCCCGAAUUUUCAAUGACGUAGUAACUCUUCGAUCUGGUGACCAUAUAAUAAAACUUACUCUCUCAUAUGCAAUUGCUCAAUCAUCAAAAUUAUCGAGGUUUGAAUCAAGAAUAUCACCGAUUUUAACAGCAGUCACGAAACUUCCAAAGAGGUUAGCACUUUAUGGUACCCUUGGGUUGAAAAGAGAGCAAUUACUGAAGAAAUCUGGUAAAUUAUUCAAAUUAAGAGUUGAUGUUAAUCUUUCCUCUAGUGUUCUUGAUACACCGGAUUUCUUUUGGUCUGUCGAACCAAGUUUACACCCUCUGUAUGUUGCAAUGAGAGAAUAUUUGGAAAUUGAUAAACGAGUUCAAGUUGUCAAUGAUCGAUGCAAAGUCUUUUUAGAAUUUUUUGAUAUUUGUGUUGAUUCUGUUGCAGAAAGGAAUAUGGCUAGAGUUACAUGGUGGUUCAUAAUUGUCAUUUUAUUGGGUGUAUUAUUUUCACUGAGUGAGAUUCUUGUUAGGUAUAAUAUUAUUCAUAAUCGUCCAACAUAG